ACCCAGUUUAACUGUAACCUUGACCUACAAUGGCCAUGCGAAUUUCCUGGGUUGUAAGUUCUUUUAAAAACAUUGGGGUUCCCACCGUGCGGCGUCUCAGUUCGGCACCAGGAAUAGUUUCAAAAAUAACAUACAACGAGUAUGGAGAUCCUUCAAAAGUUUUACGCCUCAGUAAAGGUGAUAUCCUGCAAAUUCAGAGGGGAGAAGUGCUUGUGAAAGUCCUUGCAUCUCCUGUCAACCCUGCAGAUAUCAAUACAAUACAGGGUGUGUACCCGAUCAGGCCACCGCUACCUGCCGUAGGAGGGAAUGAAGGCGUGGGUGAAAUAAUUGAAGUAGGGGCUGAGGUACAAAACUUAAAGCCUGGAGACUGGGUUCUCCCGUCACGUGCCGGCUCCGUUGGUACUUGGUCUACCCACUAUGUUUGUUCCCCACGUGACAUCAGGACAGUUCCGAACGAUAUUCCUGUUUUACAUGCAGCAACACUCGCAGUGAAUCCAUGCACAGCUUACCGCAUGCUGAAGGAUUUUGCAGACUUAAAAGAGGGUGAUUACGUUAUUCAGAAUGGAAGUAAUACUGCAGUGGGUCAAGCUGUUACUCAAAUUGGCAAGGAAUUAAAAAUCAAUCUGAUCAACGUUGUGAGGAACCAUGCCAUGCCUGAAUGUGUUCAACACCAUGAAUCACUCGGUGCAGCUAAAGUAGUCAGUGAGGACUUUUUGCGCUCCAGUAAUAUGAAGGAUUACAUCAACAGUUUGCCAUCAAAGCCAAAGUUAGCAUUGAAUUGUGUGGGUGGUGACGUAGCCACAAACAUGAUAAGGCAUCUAGCAAAGGGCUCAGUUAUGGUCACUUAUGGUGGGUUGUCAAGAAAACCAGUGACUAUAGGCACAGGAUCUCUAAUAUUCAGUGACAUAAGAAUACUUGGCUUUUGGAUGUCAGAAUGGAAUGCCCACCAUGUCAACUCAGCAGAGAGUGUUGAAAUGAUCAACUUUCUGUGUCAAAUGAUCAGACAAAAGAAAUUCAAAGCCCCAAAGGCUUGUGCAGUACCUUUAGAGAACUUCAGAGAUGCUGUGAUUAAUUCCAUGUCAUUUGGGAAUAGAGCUAAGAAUAUUUUAGCCAUGAAUGAAAAGGUGCUGGCUGAAAUAAAUUCUGGAGAGGAAGCUUAACAACUUUUUUAAAAUUGUUUUUUUUUAUAUGUAAAAAAGGGGAAUCCCAACAUGUAUGAUAAUCUCAUUUAUAAACAUUGUAGUUUUAAAGGAGUGUCAAUUAGUGAUAAUAUUUAUUCAUCAUGGUUGAGAAAAAUAGUAAUUUUUUGUUACAUGCUUAAAAGAUUUACUGUGAACAAAAAAGAAUAUAGUAAUUUACUUUGGUAUAAACACUUCACUUUAUAACUGUCAACUUUGAAAUAUAUAUUAGAUUCUUUACUCGGUGUAAAACUCUGUUACUUGCAAUAUGCUGUUGAUGCAUUUAUUCAUGCAGUUAAAAUGGUGUUUUCAAAAAUGCAUAAUGUAGAGAGGUGGCCAGUCUUUUACUAUGAAUUUGUCAUGUAAUCGUAAGUAUCUGUAAGAAUAAAUUACCAUCAUGUUUUUUAAA